GAGGGCUUUGACUUAGUGUAUUGUACCCCCUAUAAAAGGGGUGGCACCCCUCAUUGUAAUGGAUCCCGAAUUUGAAAUCAAUAUACUCCUACUUUGCAUUCUCUCUCUCUAAAACUUCUAUUAUUUUAUACUCUCGGUGGUUUAUAGCCAUCAAAUUGGUGCUCUUGUUGAGAGGAGAGGAACAUACUCGUAGGUUAACUCCCGAACGCGAGAAUGGUGCAAACAAGGAGCAACGUCCCCACCACCAGCCACGUAGUUGGCGAGGAGAACGCACCGGGCAGCGACAACGGUACGGGAGGUAUCGGCUCGACUCCGGACGCGGUCCAGGCGCUGUUCGGCUUGGGGGUGACCGCGGAGCAGCUCCAGGUGGUCGUUGCGGCACUUUCCGCCUUGGGUGGGAACGUGCCCGACGCCGGGGCUGGCAAAGCUCCGCUCGGCUCCCACGCCGAACACGCUGCCACUUCCCAACACAAGGGGAAGAAGACCCGGAGGAGCAGAAGGAGGCCCGGCAAGGCCCUGGCGAUCGAGGAGGUGAUUGUGGAGGAUGUCCCGGAGGAGGAGGAUGAUGAGUCCAGCAGGCGGAGGCAUGCUGAGGAGUCCGCGACAUCAAAUGCUCGCUCGGCGAGGCCCGAGCGGAGCGGAGAAAGGCGGGACGAGCGCACCCAGCAUCACCAUAGCCCGACGAGAACUGAGAAGACGAAGGUCUCUGACCAAGGGGUAUCUCGGCUUGCUCGUGAGAUUGCCGAGCUCAAGCGCCGAGUGGAGACCAGGGCUCCCUACAGCCAGCCCAUCUUGCGGACAGUGACCCCGUUCACUCCGAGGGUCAUGUCGAUUCCACUGCCGGCAAACUUUCGUCCGUGGCAGAUCAAGGCGUACAACGGAACGACGGACCCCCAAGAUCAUUUGUCUAAGUUCUAUGCUUCUAUGGAAGCAGCGGCAGCCCCGGACGAGGUCAAGUGCCGAUACUUUCUUGCGACGCUGGAGGGCUCGGCGUGCGAUUGGUUCAACCGGCUCCCGAAGGGAACCAUUGACGAUUGGGAUACGCUAGCGGAGAGGUUCUUGACGCAUUUCGCGGCCAACCGAAGGCAGACGCUACCUUAUUCCCACCUGCUCAACAUAUGCACCUGCAAAGGAGAGAAGGUCCGCGACUUCAUAACCCGGUGGGAGAAGGAAGCCAAAGACGUGCACGGGGCGGAUGACCAAGCUUUGGUGGCCAUGUUCCAAGCAGCCCUUCCCCGUGGAGAGGUGAGGAAGGAGCUCCGCAAGAAUCCUCCCCCCACGUACCAAGAAACCUUGGCGCGCGCUAAGUUCUUGGCCUCGCAAGAGUUCGAUGAUGCCCCCGACUCCGAGGCCGCACCGGCCAAGAGAGCUCCUGCAGACUCCGGAGAGGCCGCAAAGAAGAGGAGGAAGAAGAAAGACUACACCGCGGGCCCGAGGACGGCCUCGGCCGGAGUAUACUCCGUGGGCGCACCCGUGGGGACGGGUCGAGAGCUUGCCCUCUCCCCGCUCCCUCACAAGGAGAUGCAGCGACUCAUCGCCCGACGGCCGGCUCCGCGAGACAAUGGAGCAGCUCCUUCUAGGGGUCCGCCGGAAGGAAGAACGUGGAGGAAGCCGACCGAGCCGGUCGCGGUGGCCACGCAUGCGAGGAACCCCGAGAAGAGGCACAUUGGGCAAGAGUGUGAUGAUCUAGACGAGGACGAAGCCCAAGGAUAUCCGGUGGGAUUCAUCCACGGAGGAAAUAUCGGCGGGGACUUCGCCGCUCAAAGGAAGAGGUGGAAGCACAUGGCCUUCGUCGCCAAGGUCCAACAGGCGCCAGCGCCCAAGCUCGGAAGACGAGAGCAAAUCCAAUUCACGGAGAAGGAUCUUCCAAACACGCCGAGCCCCCACCAGGAUGCCUUAGUCGUGAGGAUAGAGAUCAACAACGCCAUAGUGCACCGCACCUUGGUGGACACGGGAAGCUCGGUCAACAUAAUCUGCGCGCACAACAUGAUCCUAGGACGGCCCGGCCUUGAGGACUUGGAAUGUGUGAUCUCCCCAUACUACUUGUGCAUGAAGUUCCCCACUCCUUCGAGAAUCGGGGUGGCGAGAAGAGACCAAAAGUUAGCUCGAUCGUGCUAUGUCCGAAUCACAAAGAAGUUGGCAAGAGAUGAGACGUUGGUUGUGCAUGCACAAGAGGAAAUGCGGAAGCUGGAAGCACGGCCGAAGGCCGAGCCCGCCGAGGAGGUCGAGGAGGUGCCGCUCGAUCCUCGGACACCCGAGCGGAAGGUGAAGGUCGGGGCGAGCCUAGCCGGGAGCCAGCGGAAGCGCUUAGUGGACGUGCUCGCCACCUACCGCGUGAUCUUCGCGUGGGGACCCGGGGAUAUGCCGGGGGUGGACCCCAAAGUCAUAUGUCACCGCUUGGCAGUUAAUCUGGAGGCUAGGCCGGUGAAGCAGAAGAAGCGGUUCCUCUCGUCCGAGCGGAGGGAGUUUGUCUCCAAGGAAAUCCCUCGGGCGGAGAAUGCCGAGGCGGAUAUCUUGUCGAAGCUGAGCUCAGACACGCUCGAACAUAUUAGGCGAAUGGCGAACGUGGAAGAGUUGUCCGAGCCGAGCAUCCAUGCUUUCCCUGUGGCAAUGAUCUAUGCUCGGCCAAGAGAUUGGAUGGACGACAUAAUUGCCUUCUUGAAGAAUGGCGCCCUCCCGGACGAUGCAACAAAGGCCAAGUUGGUCCGGACUAGGGCACCUGGGUACGCUUUGGAGGGCAAAAAGCUAUACAAGCGAGCGUACAACGGUACGCUGCUCAGGUGCCUCCGACCAGCUGAAGCGGAGCAAGUCAUGGAGGAGGUGCACGCGGGGAUCUGCUCCACCCACCAAGGAGCCUACGCGGUGUCGAGGAAGAUAACCCUCCAAGGAUAUUUUUGGCCAACAAUUGUUAAGGAUUGCGCGGAGUUUGUGAGAAAGUGCAAGGUGUGCCAAGAGUUCCAGAAGUGGGUGGAAGCGGCCCCAUUGGCAAGCAUCACUGGAGCUCAAUGCCAGAAGUUUCUCGCAAAGCAAGUCAUCUGCCGCUUCGGCGUUCCCGAACACGUAAUCACAGACAAUGGAACACAAUUCGAGUCCAAGCCCUUUAAUGACUUUCUCGAGAGUUGGGGGAUCAAGCACAGCUAUGCGUCGGUUGGGUACCCGCAGGCGAACGGGCAGGUCGAGAACGCCAACCGAACGAUAGUCGACAGGCUGAAACAAAAGUUGGAAGCUUGUGGAGGGGAGUGGGCAGAGGAGUUGCCCUACAUCUUAUGGACCUACCGGACCAUGCCCCGAAGGGCAACCGAGGAAACUCCUUUCGCUCUAUGCUAUGGCUUUGAGGCAAGGGCACCCGCAGAGAUCUCCAUCGCAACCCACCGGGAGGAGGUCUUUGACCCCGAGCGCAAUGAGGAAGCCCUAGCAGCCGAGCUCCACCUCGUGCAUGAAAGACGAGAAGCGGCCUUCAUCCGGGCGGAAAAUUACCGAAGGAAGGUGAAGAGCUACCAUGAUGGGCGCGUGCGCGCGCGGGGGUUCGUCGAAGGAGAUUGGGUGCUGCGUAAGAGAACGGUGAGCCGGUCCGUACAUCAUCAAAGAAGUGGUGGGCCCUUCGACAUUCCGCCUGCAGACGCCGAGCGGAGGGGACGUGCCCAGAACAUGGAAUGCCGAGAACUUAGUUAAGUUUUAUCAGUAGACUUCUGAUGUACACGGACCCCAAAAUGGGAACCCGUAGAUCUUUUCGGUUGAACUCAAUGGAAUGAAGUUUUUUGCGAAAA